AUGAGAGACCUAGCAAUAGACAAACUACAAAUUAAGCACCACACCACUCUCCAAUAUCCCCAGCAUGGCUCAAGUGGGUUCUCUAUCUUCCGAAAUGGAGACACUGAAUCAUGUCCUAGCCCUAGUGGAGGCAUUCCGAGCAUUUGACGCGGACAACGAUGGCCGAAUCACGCAGGCAGAGCUAGGAGGAAUCUUGGGGUCACUCGGGUACAACCCUAGCGAGCAAGAAGUUAGGGCAAUGAUUGAACACGGCGACAAGAACAAAGACGGGUUGUUGAGCAUCCACGAGUUCUUGGAGAUGAACACCAAGGAUUUGGAGGGUGGAAAUCUCGCCAACACCCUCAGCACCGCGUUUGAGGCUUUGGAUGAAGACGGGAACGAGAUUUUAACCGGGGAAGAGCUUCAUGAGGUCAUGCAAAACUUGGGUUUGGACUUGUCUCUUGAGAAUUGUGUGCAUCUUGUUACUUCUCUUGAUGCGGAUGGAGAUGGGGCUGUGAGCUUGGAUGAAUUCAGGCUCAUAGUUGAUUCCCUAAUCUAAUUGUAUCUUGUGGUGUAUAUGGUGUGUGAUCAAUAAUCAUAUCAUAUAUAUGUAUACUUAUAGUUAGGGUUGGAGAAAUUAAUGUAUUUUCAUAAAUAAUUAAGGAAUAAGCACUUGUGAGGUGCAUGUUAGUUUACCAAUAGAAUGCGUAGUAGCAAAAGAUGGGAUAAUGCUAUUCAUUAUAUCAUUAAUUUUAUAAAUUAAGAGAGAGAUUCUAAAAAGAAAAA